CACGAAAGGGUGUUGAGCGGUAUACACAGCUCACCAUACACUCGGAGAGCUCCGCGAGAAAAGGAGGGGGCGAGGAAAGGCAGGUUCCGCCUCCCCAGGCCCGCGUGCACACACGCGCCCCCCGCGGCUCGGGCUGGCUGAGGGCGGCCGAGUGUGCGCACGCCGCGGACAGCCUCUGCCCUCGCCUCGCACCCAGCCCAGGACAUCUUGAGAGCCUGGAAACGUGAACAGGCUUAAAGUAUGGCAUGUUGCAAAUAUGUUUUUUUCCAAGAAGGUACCCGCGAUUGCGACGUCCGCCGGGGUCAGUUUCGCCCUCCUGCACUUCCUGUGCCUGGCGGCGUGUUUAAACGAAACCCCAGGACAGAUCCAGAAGGAGGAGAAAUUAUGCCCGGAAAAUUUUACCCGCAUCCUGGACAGCUUACUCGAUGGUUAUGACAACAGGCUGCGACCUGGAUUUGGGGGUCCUGUUACAGAAGUAAAAACAGACAUAUAUGUCACCAGCUUUGGACCUGUUUCUGAUGUUGAAAUGGAGUACACAAUGGAUGUGUUCUUCAGACAGACAUGGAUUGACAAAAGACUAAAAUAUGAUGGUCCCAUUGAAAUUUUGAGAUUGAACAACAUGAUGGUAACGAAAGUUUGGACCCCUGAUACUUUCUUCAGGAAUGGAAAGAAAUCUGUCUCACAUAAUAUGACAGCUCCUAAUAAGCUUUUUAGAAUUAUGAGAAAUGGCACUAUUUUAUACACAAUGAGACUCACCAUAAGUGCAGAGUGUCCCAUGAGACUGGUGGAUUUUCCCAUGGAUGGUCAUGCAUGCCCUUUGAAAUUUGGAAGUUAUGCGUAUCCAAAGAGUGAGAUGAUUUAUACCUGGACAAAAGGCCCUGAGAAAUCAGUGGAGGUUCCAAAGGAAUCUUCCAGCUUAGUUCAGUAUGACUUGGUUGGUCAAACUGUAUCAAGCGAAACUAUCAAAUCCAUUACGGGUGAAUAUAUUGUUAUGACGGUUUAUUUCCAUCUCAGACGGAAGAUGGGUUAUUUUAUGAUUCAGACAUACAUUCCAUGCAUUAUGACAGUGAUUCUUUCUCAAGUUUCAUUCUGGAUAAAUAAGGAAUCAGUUCCAGCCAGGACUGUAUUUGGAAUAACCACAGUCCUCACCAUGACCACACUGAGCAUCAGUGCACGGCAUUCUUUGCCCAAAGUGUCCUAUGCUACUGCCAUGGAUUGGUUCAUAGCUGUCUGCUUUGCUUUUGUAUUUUCGGCCCUUAUUGAGUUUGCAGCUGUCAAUUAUUUUACCAAUAUUCAAAUGGAAAAAGCCAAAAGGAAGACAUCCAAAGCCCUCCAGGAAAUGCCGGCUGCUCCAGAGCUAAGAGAAAACUGUCCUGAAGUACCUCUGCAGAACACAAAUGCCAAUCUGAACAUGAGAAAAAGAACAAAUGCCUUGGUUCACUCUGAAUCUGAUGUUGGCAGCAGAACUCAGGUGGGAAACCAUUCGAGGAAAUCUUCCGUGGCAGGUCAAGGAUCUUCUGAAGCCACACCACAGGCUUACUUAGCUUCCAGUCCAAACCCAUUCAGCCACGCAAAUGCAGCAGAAACUAUAUCUGCUGCAAGAGCACUUCCAAUUGCUCCUCCUUCUACUCCUAGUAGAACUGGGUUUGCUCCCCAGCAAGUAUCUGCUUCUACCCAUCGUGUGUUUGGAUCAAGACUGGAGCGGAUUAAGACCACAGUUAAUACCAUAGGGGCUUCUGGGAAGUUGUCAGCCACUCCUCCUCCCUCUGCUCCACCACCUUCUGGAUCUGGCACAAGUAAGAUAGACAAAUAUGCCCGCAUUCUCUUUCCAGUAACAUUUGGGGCAUUUAACAUGGUCUACUGGGUUGUUUAUUUAUCGAAGGACACUAUGGAGAAAUCAGAAAGUCUGAUGUAAUUUUGUUGCUUUAAUAGUUUCCCAAAAGAUGAUGAACUUAGUGCAGAAUGUCUUUUUAAAUGUUUUUAAAGAUAAACAACUGUUCUUUACUAAAAUAAAAAUUCUGUGUAAUUUUUCCAUUUAAAAAAUUCAAGCCAAUUAUUGGGAGAGUUAAUUAAUUCCUCAGUGAAGAGAAAGUGAGCUAUCUUUCAUUUCAGAAAGAUGAUUUAAAUAGAAUCAAUUCAGCAUUCAAAUUAGAUGGAACACAGACCAUCCUGGAAAGUUGGGAGAAGAAAAAUAGGGCUAUUACAGAUACAUGGUGUGUAUUUAUGCAUUGAAAUUUGAAAACAAACUAUGACAUUUUAAAAUAUACACUGGGAAUAUCAACCACCACCCUAAAUUUCCCAGUGGCACUGCCCUUAGUCAGAAUCAUUUAUUGGGUAUUACAUGCAGUGACCUUUGGAGAUCCUCUUAGUAUCCUCAAGAAAAGGACUUUCCCUAUUAAAUGAAACAUUUUUAAAAGGGAAAUAGAACAAAACAGUUACUGACCAACAGAUUGAAACCUCUGCUGCAUCAGAAACAAAGACAGAGACCAAGGGAAUUGUGUUGCCUGUCAUAUGUUGGCCAAACAAGACGGAAAUUUGACAAUUUGAAAACUUGUGCUUUGAGCCAAAGUUUAACUUAUUGUUUGAGUUCUUUUUGAUAGUAGUUCAUUUAUGUGUUCAUUCAGUUAUGUGUUCUUUCAACAUGUAGUUAUUCAGAGCCUACUGUGUUCCAGGCAUUAUGCCAGACACUGUCUCCCUAGCAAAGUUCUUUCACCUGUACGUACAAUAUUACUUAAAUAAUAGAACAGUCAAUGCAUGCUAACAAAUCAUAAACAGAGGAUAUUGCAUUUUUCAAUGGAGGAAAUUUAUUUAGAGUCUGACAAUAUAUUCAAAAUACUUGUUUCUUUGAGAGGAUAACAAGUACAUUGUUCACAUAGUGAAUUUUGAGAUAAGGACAUGUUAGCACAACUGAUUAAAAUAUAACAAAAAUGUGGUACAGUUUGUUCUUUUAGUAAGAAGCACUACAUACCUGAAAGUAAAAAUCUGGGCACUGUAAGACUGUAUAGAUUACCUGUCUCCAAUUUGAUCAGGAUCCAAGAAUAGAAUUUUAUCAGAAUCAUGGAGUUAGAAACUCAGUACAAGGUCUUUGAGAUGCUUUUCCCAAAACAUAGACCUAUGAAGUUUUUGUGUCCAUAGGUGUGUCUUUCUGGGUAGUUUUGUGUUCAUUUGGAGGGAGUUUUUCUACAAUUCCAUAACUAAACUAACUCAUUUUAAAAUAAAAGAAUGGCAAGAGCACUAAGUAAAGAAAAAAAAAAUCAUAGCCAAGGGAUAGGGUGACACGGACUCUGUUAUGCAAUUUAUCAGGAUCUUCAGGUACUGACUUUUCUUUUCAGUAGGUAGGCUUAACAACAUAAUUGGAUUUCUUGCAGCUACCUUAGGCUACUAAAUCUCAGUCUAGUUUUUUGUUAUGUUUCUUCCACAUUUUUCUUCUAUACUUCUCCCUUCCUAAUCUGGGUCACUGUAAAUGAAUGUGUUCUGAAUGUCUGGGGGAAUAUUUUGAUAGAAACGGCCACUUGCAAACAGGAUCUCUUAUUUUUAGAAAUUAAAUAAUAUUAACUAAUUGCAUUUGUUUUUCAGUUAUUGUAUUGUCUUGGAAUGGUUGUAUAUAAGAUUUGUAAAAUGUGCAAAUACCAAAUAUUAAUUGUGAGUCAUAUCUGAGAAUUCCCUCUUGACUAUUUCUCUACAUGUUUCCUAGAAUCAUCGACAAUUUUAAGACUGAGAGAUACUUCAGAAAUCCUCCAAUCCAAACCCCUCAUUUACCAAUUGAUGCAAGUAAUGUAAGGCCCAGUAAAAUUUGUAUAUAUGUAUAUAUUUGAUGAAGAGUAUUUGUAUAAAAGAGGCUACCACACGUUAUUUCAUGAAUGGAAGUAGAUUUCUAGCCAUGCGAAAAAAAUGCUUGAAGUUGUGGUGUGGAAGCUAUGACCACUCAUUAUUCCAAUAAAAUGACUUUAUUUCUUUAGUGAGGAACAUAUUCCUUGCAUAUUUAUUGGCAAAUUCUUAAGAAAUAUUUCUCUGGCUUUCUUUUUUUUUUUAAAGAAAUUCUUCUAAAAAUUUUGCAGAUUUUUUUUUAAGGGACAAAACUAAAUGAUUUUAGACCUCUAGAGAUACAGUUGAACUCAGUUUUUCCUUACCUUUGCAUAUGAAGAAGAUUUUUAAAUAAAUCAGGGGGCCAAACAAAAAGAAAGGACAAAAGUUAAACUGGGGUUCUUAAUUGUUAAUUUGAAUGACAAAUUGACCAGGAAGUUUAAUCAUUAGUACAAAAAGGAAUUGCUUAUUUCUACACUAUGUUAAUAUUAAUAAUGUAUAGUUUGUUUUCCUUAACUGAAUUCUAUCAAAUUAAUUCAAGGCUCAAUUUUUAAUUUUGGUCAGCAUUUCUAUCUUUUCAAUAACUCAGAGCUACAUUAAACUGAACACUUUUGUGAAGAACCAGUCACUUUUCACUAUUAGAAAACCUCACAAGAAUCAAAAUACUGGAAAUUUGUGAAGAAUAACCCUGGCUGAGAAUGGUAUAUUUGUAUGUCUCUGUAUUUUAAAUAUGAAAUUCAGAAUUGUUUUAUU